AUGUCAACUUCUAAGCCACCAUCAUUCUUCGUCUCUCUUCCUGUCGUCUCUCUUAGCUCCUCCACCGACUUUUAUAAGUCUCUUAACUUCACCCCUCUUGAUGAUUACUCGGACGACGACACCGUGGCAUUCCGCUUCCCUUACAAGUCCAACGCCAAUAUCUGUCUCAUGAUACACUCUACCUCGCGGUUUGAACAAUUCAUCCGCCGUGGUUCAAAAAUUGUACAUGCAAAGGAGGUUACUGGCGCCAUAUACACCUUAGGUGUGCCGAAUAAGGAAGAUGUAGAUGGGUUUCUGGAAAAGGCUGAAAAGGCGGGUGGCAAGAAAGACCCUUUUGAAAUGAAGGAGUACGGGAAAGACUUGGGACUAUAUACGAGAAGUUUCGAGGACCUGGAUGGGCAUAUCUGGGAAGCAACAACAAUGUUGAAUGAGAAGGCGAAGGAGAAAGCAUGA